CACACACACACUCUCUCUCUCUCUCUCUCUCUCUCUCUCUCUCUCACUCACAGGCUCACUCAUUUUGCUUGCAUGGGAUUAAGAAGGAUAGAAAGGGAUUACUCUCAUCUGUUCCAAGGGAAUUCUCUGACACUCUGUAGUAGAAUAUCAGCCUAUCAGUCCCAGCAGAUCCACACCACCAAACCCUGCUGAUCCAGCCUCACCAUCUCUCUACUGCAGCACUUUCCCCAGCUCUGACCUGCAGACCUGGCUGAGGAGGAGAGGAGGAGAGGACGCCUGGAACGAGAGAGAGAGAGAGAGAGAGAGAGAGAGAGACAGGUGGAUGAGAGGGCCUUCAGCAAGAAAUCACCCAUACUCCAGAGUGGGUGUGUACAUGGUCAGGUGCUAUGAGGCCAGCCAUGGAACCUGAACUGGAUGUGGGAGAAAGUGAUUUGAUGCAGAUCUUGUCUCAUGUGGUGGAGGAGGUGAGGGACUCUGUUGGCCAGGACAUAGACGGUGCUGAGCUGCUGUACGGGCUGCUCAAUGCUCCGUGGCUGCAGUCCUUGCUGAAGGUGUAUGAGUGUUUGCAGCAGUAUCUCAAGAGCUCUACUAUGCCACACCUCCCGUAUGCUUCUGGGCUGUCACUCGAGAUUCUGUCAGACUUACAGGCAUUGCCGUACCCUUCACAAGAGGCCAGAGAGCUCUACACCCUUCUAACAGAGCCCAACAUGCAGGCUCUGCUGUCUGCUCAUGAUGUGGUGGGACUGAAGGACUAUGAGCCCAUUCUGCCUCCGCUUCCUGAAGAUCUGCCUGUAGAUGAAGAGGCCAUGAGGAUUGUCUGCCUGGUCAAAAACAAGCAGCCUCUGGGAGCGACUAUAAGGAGAGAUGAAACGACAGGAGAGAUCUAUGUAGCUCGAGUUAUUCAUGGAGGGCUGGCUGACCGCAGUGGCCUCUUGCAUGCAGGUGACAAACUGGUGGAGGUGAACGGCCAGCCGGUGUUUGGACUGGAGCCAGAGCAGAUAAUACAAAUACUGGCUAAUUCUCAUGGAACUGUGAUGUUUAAAGUGGUCCCGAUCACAGACCGGCCUGUCAACAACCAGACCAUGCUUUAUGUACGAACCCUGACGGACUACAGCCCCCAGCAAGACCCGGCUAUCCCCUGUGCGGACGCUGGCAUGGCCUUCAGAAAGGGGGACCUGUUGGAGAUAGUGGACCAGACAGACGCUCUGUGGUGGCAGGCAAAGAAACUGCCCUGUAGCUCCGCCUGCGCCGGCCUCAUCCCCUCUGCCUCCCUGCUCAAGAGAAAGCAAAGGGAAUUCUGGUGGUCUCAACCUUACCAGCCUCACACCUGCAUCAAAACCUUGAGCACAGUGGAUGAAGAGGACGACAUUCUGGCUAUAGACGUGACGUUCAUAGAAGCAGAUGAGGAAGCUUUUGAAUCCGAGGAACUGAGGGAAGAAGAGAAUGAGUUCAGUGCCACUGUUGAGGGAAUUUAUCUAGCUGGGUUUAGGCGGAGUCUGCGACUGUGCCGUCGACGGAGGAUCCAGGGUGGAGUAUCAGGCCUGUCCUGCUCCCUGCGCUGCCCGAGCAGCUGCUACAGCGCCCUGGCCAACCCCUACGAGGAGGUAGUGCGCUACCAGCGCCCACCAGAGGACACACACCGCCUCAUCGCCCUGCUGGGCCCAUCUGGAGUUGGUGUGAAUGAGUUACGCAGGAGACUAAUCGAGAUCAACCCAAAGACCUACCAGGGAGCCACACCACACACCACACGGCAUCCGAAGAGUCACGAAGAGCCGGGUCGGGAAUAUCACUACAUCAGCAAAGAACAGUUUGAGAACAUGGCGUACAGCCAACGUUUUGUGGAGUAUGGAGAGCACAGAGGUCACUUUUAUGGCACCAGUGUAGAAGCAGUGAAGGACGUCCUGGCUUCUGGGAAGAUCUGCAUCAUAGACAUUGAGCCUUAUGCUAUAGACUCGGUUCGGACUCAUGAGCUGAGAGCGUAUAUCAUCUACAUUAAGCCUCCUCCUAUUGAGCAGCUGAAACGAACAAGGGUCAACUCCCAGCUCAUCACCAGCUACUUCACCACCCGACCAUUCAGAGAUGAGGAUUUUCAGGAGAUAGAGGAGGCAGGCCGGCGGAUGGAGCAGCAAUACAGUCAGUUCUUCGAUCAUGUGAUUGUGAAUGAUGGCCUGCAGGCUUCCUGUGUGCAGCUGCUGACCGUGGUCAGGAGAGCACAGGACGAGCCGCAGUGGGUUCCUGCCUCGUGGAUCAGACCAUCUGACCGGUUCUGAUGAUAGAAGAGCAUGCUGAAAAGCUGCUAUCGUGCAGCGUCACAUUACAUGGGAGUGUAGGUCCCUGAGACUGGGGGCCACAGCAGUGCUUGACUUGGUUUUUCACCUGCUCUAAGAAUCCUGGGUCUCUGCAUCUAAACCAGGAGUCACCAGCACUGCUCCUGGACAGCUACCAUUCUGCAAAUUCAAAGUUCAGACACAUAGAUAUCUGAUUUUAGAGUCCAGAGCAGUGGUCACCUGUGGUUACCACGAUGUGGCUGCAGAUUUUAAUUCUAAACAAUCAGCAGCACAGCAGAUUCCACAUGUUUACUUGAAAUCUGAUUUGAGCAUCCACACUCAAAACAGGUUUCCAGCAUUUGUGGAAACCCAAUUGUAAUCCCAUUUCAAACCACCUAUACAUGUGGUUUGGAUUUGAUUUGCAAAAAAAUGUUGUGCAAUUUCUAGAUAUGCCAAAAACAGAUAUGGGCUGUCAGCCUAAACAUACCCUUACAUACUAAAACUGGUCAACUGAUCAAGAACUCUUGGAGGCAGUAAUUAGAUGGAUCAGAUGAAACCGAAACCUCCAACCACUAAAGUGUUCUGGAAGGUAGAUCCAGCUCUCCAGGAGCAGGGUUGGUGACCCCCAAUUUAAACAGGCCAGCCUCUUAAAGAGAGGAAUCAGGAUUGUGCAGUGCUGAGUUUCUUCAGAAAGCUCCCAGGUCUAAACAAAAGCUGGUUUGGGCUGUUGGAUUUGGUGUUAAUUUCUUUAAUAAAUUCAACUCUUAUUUAUUGAA